GACAUCACUUCCGCUUAUGGGAUGGCUAUGGGUCACGUGACGCGGGGCUACCUCGUUGACUUGUGCGAUGUUUGUCGUUUGCGCCAAACGCAUCAAAGGGGCCCCGUUUCUCCUUUAUGCUGACGUUUUGUCGUAUAAGGGCGGCCUGUGGAGCAUCCAACGGCCGCUUUCGCCGUCACCGACCGGAGACUUGCUCUUCUUCACGACGACAACAGCGGCAGCUCGCGGCCUAGACGUCACGUGACUGGCAUGCGGCUGAGCGGUUGAUAAAAAAAAAGAUGGCGUGAGCGCGGCGGAGCGGAUAGGACAACCGAAGCGAAGUGCUGCGCGGCGCCCAGACUGAGAUCCUCUUAGCUGCCAAGUAAGUCCACCUCGGAGUCCGCGCCACUUUCAAGCCCACACGGCCACUAAAAGACAACAUUUACAACCGUCUGGACGACACAGGCGUGGAGUAGUUCUCUUUAAGAAGCUGCGUUCGCCAUCUGCCGCUGCUAGCUGCCAGUCGUUAGCUAGCAACAGCAAUGACACAAGUCGCACCACCGCGACGACGAGGGAUCCAAAUCAGCAAACCCAGCCGCGCUGAAGUGAUCAUUCACUGGGGAAGUGAAGCGGGCGAUCGCGGCGGUCACCCGCACACCCACUCUGGUUGGUUUGAUGGUUUCAGCCGAACACUGUAACGUCAUUAGUUACCUAACAUGUCAAGCUGCCUGUGGGUAGCUAGCCCAAUGCAUUUUGAUUAACUGCAAGUGUGCUUCAAACAAAGGCUAAAGCGAUCAGGGUUGAUGAAUGAAAACACUUAAUUGACAUACGGAACACACUGCUUGAAUGUAACGAUGAAUUUUACAUUACUGUGCUUUGAUGUAAGCGACUGACAUUGCAAGCAGCGAGGCAAGUCACCCUGUUUACCACUGUUGCUAGCACAAUGACUUGAGCGAAAUUGUGACAUUUGUGACGCCGAAUAGCCGGACAACUUGGCACGGACUGUGUCGCACGACACGAUCUAGUUAUGGAGUUCCUCUCAUUUAGUUCACCCGGCGUCUUGUGUAAAUGUGAAAGUGUAAUCCGGGCUAGCUUUCGGUUCUGCAACUAGCUUGCUUACUAGCUAGCUUGCUAUCUUGGGAGAGAUGUGUCACCAUGAUCCAGCAUAGCUAGUCGAGGUGGGGGACCCCCCCGCCAACCAGAAGACUGCCUAUGUGGACUUUGCGGACAUGCAAGUUUAUGAUUAAACAUGUGCCGUUAGCAACGUCGUUGUCAGAGGGAGCCGGAAGUGCAACAUAUUCCAGCAGGACGGUGCAGACACGUGCCUUGUUUUGGGUCACUUUGGAGCGUGACCCGACCUCCAAUGCUGUGUUAGUUGACCCUUGCCGGUAAAGCCGCGGAGCUUCUCCAUAAAUAAUGGAUCCUGGACAGGAUUUACUCCUGGCUGCUCUUAGCGAGAGCGGCAUUUGCCCGACCGACAUUGGACUGUUUGACGUCGAUUCUCAGGAUGUCGCACAGCCCUCCACUGCUCAGCAAUCUAUCUCAAUCAAUGCCCUGGAUGUUGGCUUGGGGGCCGAGUCCGGGGAACUUGCUCAAACUCAAUCUCCGUCUCCAGCCCCCAUCGUGACUAUCAGGCAGCACAAACCUCAGCCAUCGACCACCACCUUUGUCUUAAACCAGCUCAAUCAGCUGCCGUCGCUGGGAGCCACCGUGACCAAGCCGUCGGCCGCCAACCCCGUCAAACACACCAUAACCGUCACCAAGGUGGUGCACGUCGCCAAUGCGGCCCGGCGCGUCUCGUCCACACCAUCCUGCACAGGCAACCCCCCCUCAGCACCCACAGCCGUGCCUUCAAACCACGAUCAGAUCCAGUUGAAAGACCUCCUCAGGGCGGCCAGUGUCAAGGGGUCGGGCCUUAAGGGCAACAGUCUGGUGGAGCUCAUGAAGCUGAAGCCGCCACCUGACAUUGCCCCCCUGGUAGCAACUGCCACUGGGCCCAGUGAGAUGAACAACGGCAUCAAGAAGGACAACUUAAUCAAAGAUGGCGUCCGAGCCUGGAAUAACGACGACAUCAAGAUGCACGCGUUCCCACAUUCCCUGAAAGCUCCUGGGAUGAAAGAGGAGGAUGAGCCCGAGGAAGAGGAAGAAGAGGAGUUGGGUCACGCGGAGACGUACGCAGAGUACAUGCCAAUGAAGUUAAAAGUGGGCUUGCGGCAUCCCGACCCGGUGGUGGAGACCAGUUCCCUGUCCAGCGUCAGCCCGCCAGAAGUGUGGUACCGACUGACCAUCCCGGAGGAGGUCAUCGACCGCGGGUGCCUGUCUGCGCUGCAGCUGGAAGCCAUCACUUACGCCGCCCAGCAACACGAAACGUUCCUGCCAAGCGGCGACCGAGCGGCCUACUUGAUUGGAGACGGCGCCGGCGUGGGGAAAGGCCGAACCAUCGCAGGGAUCAUCUAUGAGAAUUACCUCUUAGGCAGGAAGAGAUCACUUUGGUUCAGUGUUUCCAAUGACUUGAAGUAUGAUGCAGAGCGUGAUUUAAGGGACAUAGGAGCCAAGAACAUUCAGGUCCACUCACUGAACAAGUUCAAGUAUGGCAAAAUCUCCUCCAAACACAACGGCAGCGUGAAGAAAGGUGUCAUUUUUGCCACCUACUCCUCCUUGAUUGGAGAGAGCCAGUCGGGAGGGAAGUACAAGACCAGAUUUGAGCAGCUGCUCCACUGGUGUGGGGAGGACUUUGAUGGUGUCAUUGUCUAUGAUGAAUGUCACAAAGCUAAGAACGUGUGUCCCAUUGGAUCGUCUAAACCCACAAAAACCGGGCUGGCGGUGUUGGAGCUGCAGAACAAACUCCCCAAGGCUCGCGUUGUGUACGCCAGUGCGACAGGUGCCUCUGAGCCAAGAAACAUGGCCUACAUGAACCGUUUGGGCAUCUGGGGACACAAAACGCCCUUCAGGGAGUUUGGCAACUUCAUUCAAGCGGUGGAGCGCAGGGGAGUGGGCGCCAUGGAGAUUGUGGCCAUGGACAUGAAGCUGAGGGGAAUGUACAUCGCCCGGCAGCUCAGCUUUACAGGCGUAACGUUCAAGAUCGACGAGGUGCCCUUGACUCAGCACUACAUCAACAUGUACAACAAUUCCGUCAGGCUGUGGGUGAGUGCGCGUGAGAAGUUCCAGCAGGCGGCCAGCCUGAUGGACGCUGAGCAGCGUAUGAAGAAGUCCAUGUGGGGCCAGUUCUGGUCGGCCCACCAGAGGUUCUUCAAGUACCUGUGCAUUGCCUCCAAGGUCCGCAGGGUGGUCCAGUUGGCCAGAGAGGAGGUGCAAAAUGGAAAGUGCGUGGUGAUUGGCCUGCAGUCCACUGGAGAAGCAAGAACACUGGAGGCCUUGGAGGAAGGAGGCGGAGAGCUCAAUGACUUUGUGUCAACUGCAAAGGGUGUGCUGCAGUCCCUGGUGGAGAAGCACUUCCCAGCCCCUGACAGACAGAAGCUUUACAGCCUGCUGGGCAUCGACCUCUCAGCAAAGAAGACGCCGUCUCCCAGUGACACUGCAGCUCAGUCCCAACAGAAGGGCAAGAAAAGAAAAGGCCCCGAGUUAAAGCAGCAGCAGAAGAAGAAGCCUUGCAAACAUGGCGGCCUGUCGGGCACCAGCUCAGACGAGAGCCUGUCGGAGGAGUCUGAUAAAGACUCUGGCAGAGAUGGCGACAGCGACGACAGCUUUAAGUCGGUCAGCUCAGCGGACGAGGACGACGACUUCAACCCUUUCAGAGAUGAGUCUGACGACGACGAUGAGGACGACCCCUGGCUUGUCAGGAAGGAGCCCAAGAAGGGCAAAGAGAAGAAGAAGAAGAAAAAGAGAAGGAAGAGCAUCGACCCGGAUUCCAUUCAAAGUGCCUUGUUAGCAUCCGGACUAGGCUCCACCCGACCUGCUUUCACCGCACCUGUAUCACUGCCUCCCAGCACACCGUCUACAGUCAAGCCAGAGACUGAAAACGUCUGCCUGACCAGCCAGGACGCAGUGGAGCACGCACAGAAGAUGAAGAGGGAACUUCUGGAAAAGUUGGAGGAGCUCGCCGAGGAGCUUCCACCCAACACUCUGGAUGAGCUCAUUGAUGAGCUGGGGGGACCUGAGAAUGUGGCAGAGAUGACUGGCCGUAAAGGUCGUGUGGUCAGCAACGACGACGGAAGCAUCACCUACGAGUCUCGCUCUGAGCUGGAUGUCCCCGUGGAGAUCCUCAACCUGACGGAGAAGCAAAGGUUCAUGGACGGGGAGAAGCACAUCGCCAUCAUCUCCGAAGCCGCCAGCUCGGGCAUCUCUCUGCAGGCCGACCGCAGGGUGAAGAACCAGCGCCGCAGGGUUCACAUGACGCUGGAGCUGCCGUGGAGCGCAGACCGAGCCAUUCAGCAGUUUGGUAGAACCCACAGGUCCAAUCAGGUCACGGCUCCCGAGUACGUCUUCCUCAUAUCGGAGCUCGCCGGAGAGCAGAGAUUUGCAUCCAUUGUUGCCAAAAGAUUGGAAAGUCUUGGAGCGCUCACUCACGGAGACAGAAGAGCAACAGAGACGCGAGAUCUCAGCAGGUUCAACUUUGACAACAAAUACGGCAGGAACGCUCUGGAAAUCGUGAUGAAGUCAAUAGUGAGGCUGGAUACGCCGCUGGUUUCACCUCCCUCCGACUUUAAAGGAGAUUUCUUCAAAGACGUUCAGAAGGGCUUGAUAGGUGUGGGCCUCAUCAAUGUGGAGGACAGAUACAACACGCUGUCACUGGACAAAGACUACAACAACAUUGGGAAGUUUCUCAACCGCAUCCUGGGCAUGGAGGUCCACCAGCAGAACGCUCUGUUCCAGUACUUCUCAGACACGCUGGCGGCCGUCAUCCAGGAAGCCAAGAGGAAUGGAAGAUACGACAUGGGCAUUCUCGACCUGGGUUCUGGUGAUGAGAAGGUGAAGAAGAUGGACUGCAAAAAGUUCCUGACACCGGGUUACACCGCAUCUGGACAUGUUGAACUCUUCACGGUAAGUGUGGAGCGAGGGAUGUCCUGGGAGGAAGCAACGCAUGCCUGGGCCGAUCAGAACGGGCCAGAUGACGGCUUCUACGUGCAGACGAGGAACAACAAGAAGACAGCCAUCUUGGUCAAGGAGGUGAAUGCCAAGAAGAGGCUGUUCCUGGUCUACCGGCCCAACACGGGCAGGCAACUCAAGCUGGAGACCUACAACGACCUCAAGAAGAAGUUUAAAAAGGUCUUGUCAGAAGACGCCAAGCAGCACUGGAAUGAGCAGUACACCUCGUCAGCUGAAAUCUGCUCCCAUGCCUUCUGGAGGGGAAACUGCAAAAAGGCGGCGGUGGGGCUCCAGUGCGAGAUCGGUCUCCGCUGUCGGACGUACUACGUCCUGUGUGGCUCGGUGCUCAGCGUGUGGAACGAGCUGGAGGAGGUGCUCACCCCCGUCAGCGGAACCAACGUCAAGGUGCAGAUCGUCCGCCUCAGGACUGAAGACGGUCAGAGGAUAGUUGGACUGAUCAUCCCAGCCAACUGCGUGUCUCCGUUGAUGCACAAGCUGUCCACGUCGGACCAAUUCCAGCAGCUGGCCGUGGUGGAGCAGCAGAAGAGGCAGCAGCUGCACCCCCAGAGUCUCAGUCACACACCCAACACAUAGCGGGGAUGGGGAGGGGGACGCCGUCUUUCACAGGCCUCCAAAUGAACCUCCAGAUCACAUUCUCUCUCUCUCUCUCCAGCCCCCCCCCCCCCCCCCCCCCCCCCCCCCCCCCCGGGAUGGGAUCGCUUCACCCUCGCACCCCUCCCUGAUCCGUGAUAUUGUGAGGCGUGUAGACGGACUGCUGUACGGAUGAGCCAGUUCAGGGUUGUUGUUGGCUUUCUGUUGUUCCCCCCCCAAUUUGGAGACUCAUUAUCACCUCUCGCCUCCGACGGGUGAUGUUUUUUUUGUCCUCUGACAUUCAGAGUGGAACGAUUUGAACUUGAUGCCACAGUUUGACCCCUUUCACUGCUCCUUUAGAAGCCAGUAAACGUGGCAGCUGGAGAGUUGUCACGUGUUUCAGCGCAUCCAAGCCCACUUUAGUGUUUGCACACCUUACAUCAUCUCGUUUCAGCAUUACUCUCCUGCUCCACACACAAUGCAUCAAAAGGACCCCGCCAACUGCUUUUUGUGUGCUGCAAGCAAACAUCAAGCAGCAGCAGCCGCUCCCUUCCACACAUGAAAACACUUGACGCUUGUACCAGACAUGAGCUGGGAAUUGUGCAUGUUUUAUUUUUGUGUUUUUUUGAUGUACUUCUCAGGUGCAGUGCAUGACCCAUAUCUCAUCCUCUGCUCAUUCCAUGUAAUAAAACUACAAGUGCAUCUUGCACAUCUGUAAGCUGACAGUAAAUGUCCUGGGUUUUGUGUGGCAGCACACUCAAACAUGCAGAUGUUCAUUUUUUGUAGACUUUGUAAAGAAAGUGUUGCAUCGCAGUAUUUCUAUGCAGCAUCCACGUGUAGUUGUGCUGACGUGUGGCCCCUCUUGAGAUGAUGCUUCAAUUUGGAGAAAAAGCUGCAGAAUGUUGAUGAAAAAUAGUUUUUGCAGACAAGGUGACCUGUACAUGAAUGAGUGCAGCGUUCAAUAAAGCUUACUCGUACUUA